AUGCCGCCUCGUCCAUUCCCAUUCGCAUUGGGCAUCGGCACAGACAUAUGUUGCAUCUCACGCAUCCGCGAGCUCAUCACCAAGAAGCCUCAAAAUGCAUCGUUGCUUCCAUUUGUGAAGAAGGUCCUAACGAUCAGGGAACAAGACGAUUUCUUCCACAGGUUCAGGCACGUCGCCAUGGCUACCAAUGGAGACCUCACGCCUAUCACGCGCUAUCUUGCCGGAAGAUGGGCCGCCAAGGAAGCUGUGAUCAAAGCUGUCGGCCACCGCAGAUUGACGUUGCGUGACGUCGAGAUCUUCCAGAAGCCGGUGGACGAACAUGAAGGACUAGGCGUAUAUGCUCUGAUAUGUGACGAAGUCCACCGGAAAUCCCACUCAGAGGCAUCCGCUCCUUCUCCAUCAGUGGCUGACACACCCCGCGGCGAUGGCUUGCCUUCCCGACUAAUCUUCCAUAAGCUGGAUGGCCAGAUCGCCAAGGUGAGCAUCAGUCAUGAUGGUGACUAUGCUGCGGCGGUCUGUUUGGCCGCAGACGAGCCAUUGUCGGGAGAUGUUGGCGGAGAAGCUGCUGCUAGGACGCCAUGA